AUGGCACAAAUGAACAGACACAUACAAAACAGCAAGGAGCAGUACACCGUGGCCGCCAUCGUCGUCGCCAGCAGCAGCAAGCCAAGUUCGAAUAAUGUGAGAAUAGUUUACGAACUGCUGAUUUUGUUCUACACGAGUAUCAAUUAUAAGGACUUUCAAGUGGUGAAGAGCACUGUCGAAGAGAGUGCCAACUUCUGUGCCUUAGGGGACAGCACUCAAAAUACUGACUACGAAUUUUAUAUAUUUCAGAUUACGACAGAUGGAAAACCAAAGAUUGUUGACUUAAUUGAUGUGUCGGGAAGUGGUGAUGUGAAUACUUCCACAGUUUUAGAAGCUAAGGAUGAUGUUCUCGUUGGUCUUUCAGGAAGAAUUCUGAAGAUACCAUCAACAUGGGUCAACCCUUCAACGAGAUAUCACAUUGGUAUAAAAAAUGCCUUUGAACUCUACCCUACGGCACUCAAGGAGAGAAUUCAGCAAGAGAGACGGGAGAAGCGGUGGGAUCCCGCUCAUCGUGUUGCUGUGGCAGAAGCCCACCGAAAGCUGGAUGAAUUCAACACGACCCACACAAGCCUGUCUCAGGAAGAGAAGCUUGUCCUGGAAGACCUUCAGUGUCAGGUUGAUCAGUUGGAUGUUCAGGAGAAGACGUACAGCGACUUGGGACCUGUGUACGACUGCUUGGUUUGGCACGAUGGAGAGAGUUGGAGAGCUUGCCUUGACACCAGUGAAUGUGGAGAUCUGAGCAGCUGUCAAACUCUGAGGAGCUACAAGGAAGGCCACGAAUACGCACAGCUCGGCAAGUCAGAAAUGUUGAAUUACUCCAUCAAUGUUUACGAUGAAGGGAACAUUCUCUCCAUCGUCACCAACUCUGGAUCCCACGGAACACACGUGGCUGCAAUUGCUGCUGGGCACUUCCCCGAAGACCCGGAAAGGAACGGUGUGGCUCCUGGGGCUCAGAUUUUGGCUAUCAAGGUGGCUGACUCCAGGCUAAAUACAAUGGAGACUGGGACCAGCUUAAUCCGUGCGAUAAUUGAAGUGAUCAAGUACAAGUGUGACCUUGUAAAUUACAGCUAUGGUGAAGCAGCUCACUGGCCUAACUCUGGGAGGAUUUGCAAGGUGAUUGAAGAAGCAAUUUUGAAACACAACAUUAUCUUUGUGUCCAGCGCUGGCAACAAUGGCCCCUGUCUCUCCACAGUUGGUGCUCCUGGUGGUACCUCCACCCAUAUAAUUGGUGUUGGUGCAUAUGUCAGUCCAGAUAUGAUGGUCGCAGGAUACUCCAUGCGGGAACGGUUGCCAGCGAAUCAAUACACCUGGUCAUCGAGGGGGCCUUGUGUGGACGGAGCCCUGGGAGUGUGCAUCACCGCUCCAGGUGGAGCUGUGGCAUCUGUCCCCAACUGGACCCUACGUGGCAUGGAGCUGAUGAACGGCACCUCGAUGUCCUCACCGAACGCUUGUGGAGGCAUUGCUCUGCUCAUCUCAGGUUUGAAAGCAAACGGCAUUGGGUAUACUGUGCAUUCUGUGCGCCGCGCUAUGGAAAACACAGCAGUGAAGGUGGACAAUGUGGAAGCAUUUGCACAAGGCCACGGGAUCAUUCAGAUUGAGAAAGCCUAUGACUACCUCAGCCAAAACGUUUCAGUAAAAAGUAGCCAGUUAGGUUUUGAUGUCAAGGUAUUCAACCGGCGUGGAAUCUACCUCAGAGAUCCAGCGUACCUGUCUGUGCCAAUAGACUUCUCUGUUUCUGUAGAGCCGGUGUUUCCCGAAGGCACAGACAAUAGUGAAAAAAUUGCUCUCCAGAUACACCUGGCUCUGACCUGCAGUGCAACGUGGGUGCACAUCCCCUCCCACCUGGAGCUGAUGAACCAGUCCCGGCGGGUGACAGUCCGGGUGGACGCACGUGGUCUCAAGGAAGGGCCGCACUACGCUGAGGUCCUGGCUUAUGAUACAACAGCUCCUGCUGUUGGUCCAUUGUUCCGAAUUCCUGUCACGGUCAUUAUCCCUUCAAGGUUAAGUGCAGCUUGUGAGUACAAAAUGGAGUUGAAAAAUGUGGACUUCAAGCCUGGAGAGAUCAGAAGACAAUUCAUUGAAGUUCCUCAAGGAGCUACCUGGGCUGAGGUAAUCUUGACUUCAAGGACAGAAGACAAAACAUCAGAGUAUGUGGUGCACGCAAUUCAACUUCAGAAGCAAAAGGCCUUCCGGGUACACGAAUUUUACCGGCACCUGUUUCUAUCAGAAAAAGCCUCUACAACUGAUAGUUUUGCAGUCCAUGAAGGAGGAACCAUUGAGGUUUGCAUUGCACAAUGGUGGUCUAGCCUGGGCCGCACUGCCAUUGACUACACCAUUUCAUUCCAUGGGCUGAGGUGUAACACCGAUGUAUUGCACAUUCAUGCAUCAGAAGGUAUUGCACGAUUUGACACCAUUGCAUCACUGAAAUACGAAGAGGUUUCUCCUGUCCUGACUCUAAAAUCUUGGGUGCAGACCCUUCGGCCGGUGGAUGCUAAAACAAAACCCCUGGGCUCCCGGGAUAUCCUGCCCACUAACAGACACCUGUAUGAACUUGUUUUAACCUACAAUUUCAGUCAGGGGAAGAGCGGUGAGGUGACGCCCAGCUGCCCCCUCUUGUCUGAUUUGCUGUACGAGUCGGAAUACGACAGCCAGUUGUGGAUGGUCUUCGAUCAGAACAAAAGGCUAAUGGGAGCAGGCGAUGCUUAUCCCGACAGGUACUCUCUGAAGCUGGAGAAAGGGGACUACGUCAUCCGCUUCCAGGUUCGUCACGAGUCGCUGAGCGAGCUGGAACACCUAACAGACUUGCCCUUCCACAUCAGCCGCAAGCUUCCAGCCGCGUUAAACCUGGAUGUUUACCGCACGCAAGUCAAUGCCUUGCUGAACAAGAACAAGUUUGGCAGCAUUACACUGGAUCCAAAGUACACUGUUCCAUUCCAUGUCACUAUGUUGCCAGAUGACAAAGUUCCAAAAGGAUUUGAAAUUGGCUGCUUUCUAAUGGGAACACUCACCCUUUCUAAAACUGAAACUGGCAAGAAAGCUGAUGUGCACACUGUCUACUACCAUCUGAUACCUCCGCCAAACAAGAUAAAGAACGGAACCAAAGACAAGCCAAUAAAAGAAAAAGAAAAAGAACCAAAAGAGAUGUUCGAGGAAGCUUUAAGAGACCUCAAGAUACAGUGGCUGUCCAAAUUGGAUCUACAUGAGGAAUUGGUAUCGAUGCACUCGGAUCACUUACCUGUACAUACGGCUUACCUCAACAGCCUCGAUUCAGGAAAGGAACGUCUGAAGAGACUCGAUGAGAUUAUUAAAAUGGCCAACGUGGUUAUCUCUCACAUUGACCAGAGUUCCUUGGUGAGCUACAUGGCUAUGAAGACUGACCUAAGACCAGACGCUGUGGCUAUCAAAAGUGAUAUGGAGAAGCAGAAGUCAGCAUUGAUCGAAGCCCUCUGCCUGAAAGGAUGUGCUCUGGCUGAUGCAGCUCUUCAAGUCCAGUCGCAGAGUGAAGUAUCUUCAAUCGAAUCAAUCGGUCAUGGCGAGGAUGGGUCAGGUGACCUAUCCCAGAGCCUGAUGGAAACUUUCCAUGAUGUCCAGAAGUGGAUCGAUCUCACAGAUAGUAAGGCAUUAACAUUUGCGUAUAAGCAUGCCUUGGUGAAAAAACAAUUUGGACGUGCUUUGAAGUUUGCUACCAAAAUUAUUGAAAAUAAGCCGAGUCAGGAAAACUGGAACAACUGUAUUCAGUUGCUGAGGUCCCUGGGAUGGGAGCACUGUGCCUCUAUCUACGUGAAUUCCCUGCUGGUGAUGUUUCCCCCGGAUUACGUCCCAUUUUAAGCGUUGUUGGUGGAAUGAAGACCUGCUGAGUGCAUGUUUAAUCAAGAUUGGUGUGGGCAGACCCUGGCAGAUGGUGUUGGAACUUUGUGUUUGAGUUAUUUUCAUUCUUUUUAUAUAUAUAAAAAAAUAUUGAUCAGACUGUUGAGGAUGGCAGUAUUAUUGGUUGGUGUUGUAAAGUCUUCAGGUCUUGUUUGCUAGUUCUCGAGGCAUCUCCUCACAUGGUGACUCGAGUCAGGACUGUGUUUCACAAUCCAUUGCAGUAGAAAUGCGGAGGCGUUUCUUUCAGCAUGGCUGAACUCCAUGGUCUCCCCACAGUUGCAAUCUCCCUUCAACCCCCAUACAUUUCCCCAUGCCUUACUUUCUCCUUCGCAUUGAACUUCAAGCGCUCCAUUCUGCUUGGGCUUGGAGGCUCAGCAAGCUAUUUCAUCCAUAGAUAGCAUUGGUCUGAUGUAGGUGGAGCCCAUGAGAUGGAGAUGGCCCUCCAUAGUGUGGCCAGAGGCUCACAUCAGCUGGAGGCGGUCCAUUGGCGCAGAGCUAGAGGUGCUGCCUUACAGCGCCAGUCAGCUGAGUUCGAUACUGACAACUCGUGCUGUUUGUAUAGAGUUUGUACGUUCUCCCUGUGACCACAUGAGUUUUCUCCAGGUGCUCUGGUUUACCCCCGCAUUCCAAAGACGUACAGGUUUUUAGGUUAAUUGGCUUUUGGAAAUUGUCCCUGGUGUGUAGGCUGGUGUUGUUGUACGGGAUAAUCAUUGGACAGCGCAGACUCUGUGAGACAAAGAGCCUGUUUCCGUGCUGUAUCUCUAAAGUCUACAUCUGAAAAGGUGAGAGCAGACCAGGUAGAGACAAGGUCAGGCGAGACAACCCAGCCCUGGAACUUGGUGCAACAUUCUUCGAUUAUUGAUCUUGUGACUGCCUUUGCUGAUCGAUAAUAACCUUUGCACAUCAAAAAUAUAUCUAAAUCUGAAAAAUGUCAAUUAUAAAAGGCACAAAGUGCUGGAGUAACUUGGCAGUCCAGGCAGCAUCAGUAUUGGGAAUGGACAGCUGACAUUUUGUGUCGAGAUCCUUCUUCAGACUGUCUGAAGUAACGGGUCAGGUAGCAUCUCUGGAGGACAUGGAUAAGUGUUGUUUCAGGUUGAGACCCUUCUUCGAACUGUCUGAAGAAGGGUCCUGACCCGGAAUGUUACAUCCAUGUCCUCUAGAGAUGCUGCCUGACCUGCUAAGUUACUCCAGCACUUUUGUCUUUUUUUUCUGUAAGACAGCAUCUGCAGUUGAUUGUGUCUGAAAACUUUUGAUUACUGAAGAAGGGUUUCGGCCCGAAACGUUGCCUUUUUCCUUCAUUCCAUAGAUGCUGCUGCACCCGCUGAGUUUCUCCAGCUUUUUUGUGUACCUUUAACUUUCAAUUACUGUUGUGGUGCGGUGGGGAAAUGUUUCACCAUUUACCCUUCACCUUUGUGUGAACCGCAAUGCAAGAAAUUCAAUUGCAAAACCCUGUGGUUUAUUUCACUGUUGAAAAGAGAAUUUUCUCUCGAAUGCAAUAUGCUCCAGAAAGUCUCCUGGGUGCUUGAGUCACCAUGGCGCCCAGACAGUUGUCAGGUCAUGUGACACACAUAUUUGGCCAUGUUGUCCUGGGAACAUCAGUAAAAGUGACUAUGAAGCUGUCAGAUUGUUGUUAACAACCCAGCUUUUUCACUUCUGCCGGUUUGGUCCACAUCUGACUACACAACCACACCAAAUUAUUGAGUCUCGUAUCCAAAACUGACCAACAUAACAUUCACUGGAGCCAGGGCAGCGGCUUUGCUGGUGACCCUUACACCCACACAACAAAUAAGCAUUGUGAAAUAAUUCAUAACAAUGUGUGGACAGAAAAGGAAUUGCUGGAGUGAAUGGACAGGUUAUAUUUUGGGUUGGGAUCCAUCUUCAGGCUCUGAAGAAGGUGUUUGACCCAAAUCAUUGCUUAUCCAGUCUCCUCACAGAUGCUGCCUGACCUGCUGAGUUCCUCCAGCACGUUGUGUACUGACAAUGUGUGGAACUCAUCACCAAUCCUGCAGUAUUGUUCCUCGCCCCACCGUCACAUUGCAGCUCCGAAUUUGCCUUCCUUGGUCACACACACACAAUUCAAACCCUUCCCUUCUCCCCUGGUUUCUCCGUCCUUUCCUGCUUCCCUCGAGUUUGAGGAGGCAUAGCAUCAUUAGAACGCUUCACUCGCUGAUGCACCAGCUUAAAUCAUCAUCGGUGAUCACUCGAAGUCCAGUGUGAUUGUCCUCCUGAUGGGUCCUUUCUGUGGGUCUUGAAUGACUGACGAGGCAGACACUGGAGCCACACACUAGAUUGCCGUGUGGGCAUGGAUGGGUGAUAUUGGUGUUCGGGUAUGGUUGGACAGGAAAUCUCAAUAGCUAUCUGAGUCAUGGGACAACAUCAGCCAGUGAAAAUAUCCUUCGUCCUCCAUUAAAUUGGAUAAAUAUUUUUAAGAUGCUUUUGUUGUGCAAUGCAGGUUUUAAUAUGAAAAUAAUUUCAGCCGUUAUUUAUGUAAAUGCUUUUUAAUUACAGUAUAUCUAGUAACUGCAUGUUGUUGCUUUUUAUGUGAUCAUCAUUUCCGAACAAAACAAAUAUUGUUUAUACUUUUGUGGGAAUUAAGAAUUGUUCCCUUUGUGCCUUCAGAUCUGGAGCGGCCUUUUGUCGAUGCAUAUCAGUGCUUCUUGAUUAGUGAUCGAUCUGUGGUUAACACUGUCUGUUUCUCACUGGUGGAAAAAAAUUCUGAUUUUAAGAAAGACUGCUUCUUCAUGUAGACUUUCUGAAAACUGAUAAUGCAAUCUGCAAAAUUUACAAUAUACAAACCAAAUAAAUCAUCAAUUGUUUGACAAAGAA